GCGGAGGGGGGACGGGGGCUCUUCACUGAUAUCAUCAAUACAUGCUCAAAGAUCCAUCGUACUUUGCGGGCGCCCCCAAAUGUCACAAAGCUGGCUGAUUCUAGCCUCCUACGCGCCGCUCUUUGGGACCACGAUUCCUUAGGCCCCGCCUGCUCCACAGAGCGGCAAAACGAAUUAGCUAUUGUCUUUACAUGGCCAAUCACGAUCGAGCGAUUGUUUGCGAACAACCAAUCAAAACCCAUGUUAGAAUGCCGCACCCUGUGUUUCCGCCAAAACAAGUGUUUCGAUUUUCCCUUUUCAAAUGUUGCAAUAAAAUGUCCCAAAUAUAAAUGGCAGAAACUCCUAAGAAAAUUGUCGAGGCAGACUAUAAAUGCUUCAUCUGUAGCGGUGUAACGACAGUGUCUUGUGGUAAAGUGAAUGUUUUGGGGAAAAGCUCUAUAGAUAUCUCCAAACUGAUAAAAUGUUCGACGGGAGAGGAUCCCAUUGUUUACGGGAAGGAAAAUUCCAGACUUCUUAUCUGUACAAAGUGCUACAAGAGACUUGCGAAACUAGAAAGAGCACUGAAACAUGUUGAUAGUGUAAAACUCGAGAUAAAUGAACUGUUCACGGCAACAAAACGACGAGUGAAGCGCCUGAGACCCCCUGAAAGCGCCGCUGUGGAUCCAAAGCCCGUCGCUAAAUCUCUCAAGUUCUCGUCGGCAGAAAAUUUAUCAAGUGCUGUUCCCAACGUUUCUACUACUUGUACUUCUUCAAUUGGCCACGCAGCCUUCUAUGGGAGCUCUCUCGCCUGGUUGUUACCGCGGUGUAGUGGCAUGCAGGCAUGCAGCUAAUCCAACGAGCUAGCGAACCUGUUAGUGUUAGUCACCUUUUAGGUCAGCCAUUGUCAGCUUCAACUCCACGGUCAACCCCGACGAAGGUACAAUCUCAGGAAAAAACACAUGCCAAAGUCACAUUAAAUGUGGACUAUCCAAGCAAUAAAGUGAAGAAAGUAUUAUCGCCUGACUACGAGUCCUUGGGCAAGGCGAUUAUUCACGGUCCUCCAUCGCGGAUAGCGAAUGCCGUUAUGAAAUGCGCACCUGUAUCUCAACUGGUGGUUGAGAAAGUUCUACGGAUCUUCAAGGCAGAGGUGGCCGAUCUUUGCUCCAGAAAGCAGCCUUCUUUUCUAAGAAAACGCACAAAAAAGGAUCUAGAAGAGUUUGAUUUUGAAAAACUUUGCCAGGAAUGGAGGAAGCGGGCGCCGCUGUUUUAUUCUUUUCUACUAACAGCAUGUACUGCUCGAAAGAGGGAGAACGUAACAUGGUUCCCAAGUAUGGCUUUGGCUGGUUCCAUCCUACUCAAGCAGCGAUGUUCGGACAUGAACACGACGGCGUGCAUUAUGGCUGUUCUCGUGAAAACACGAUCGAUGGAGGCAACACUGAGCAGACUAAACAAGCUCAAGGUUACAUGCAGCAACACCAAAGCUCUGCAGGUUCUUGAUGUUCUUGGUGAGGACCAUGAUCAUGUGUGUGUGGAAACUCAGAAGAAAAUAGCUCAUGAAGUUAAAGCCACUAAAGAGGCCAUGGAGAAUCACACCACUGCUGGUCACUGCACUCAGAAACCAGAUGCCAAGCUCAUAACUUGCAAGGGUUGCCAGGAAAUUGUUUCUGCUAAAACCCAGUCCCACCCCCCAGGGUUCGUUGUGGCAUUUGACAACAUUGACAUGACAAUAGGAAGAAGGCAGAUGACAAUUUCUGCACAAAAUGAAGAUAUCCAUUGGGUGAACCAUGCAAUGAUCAUGAACAGGGUGUCUGGUAAUGGCUUGCAAUCUGAAUGCCCUAAGGCAACCCUUACAGACAUUCCUAAUAUUGAAUUCCUACAAACUUUGAUGACCAGAACAGACAACGAUUUAAUUGCAUUGUAUUACAUAUUUAGAAUGAAUUUUUUUUCUAUUGUUCUUUUUCUUUAUUCUUCAAAGGUUCCCCUGGGAGUAAUUUUUAAAGAUGAAAACACAAAUGAGGACAUGCUACAUAUUUUGCAGCAAUUUCAUGGCUAUCUGCCUCAUUUGGAUGAAGGCCAGUAUGAUCCACAAAUAUUUGCUGGCGUCCAAUUGAGUAUCGAGAGGGCUGUCAAUCUUAUUGCAGCUGUUGCCAAUGGCUACACUCCAGAGUCAACAUUAGAGGGAAUGCACCUACAAAUUGGAGACUGGCACACUGCCGUCAAAGUUCUCUCUUUGCUGUUCAAACGAUUCUACUCAGCCCAGAGUGAUGGAGAUCUGUGCACUAUGUAUGCUGACAGAACCACUAUUAACCGCCGAAAUGUAACAGCCGAUCCAUCAAAGGCUUAUCAUGCUGACAGAGAUUUCCUUAUCAUUGUCAUACAAUCCAGGAUAAUAGCUGCUGCAAUGGAAGUUCUGGGCAUCAAAUCGAAGUCUGACCAGCCAACUAAAUGUGCAAUCCCCAAAGAUAUGGAAAACAUGAGCAAGUUAGAAAAGUUGACAUUCCUACACAAAGUUUCUGGCUUGGUUGUAGAUGCCAUAGUAUUUGACAAAACAGUAAAUGGUUUUGUUGACAGUAUCCUAACUGCUCGAGAGAAACAAGAUGCAAUUGAUAACCAAGUUUUGACCCCAGAUGGUAGGUUUCCUUGUCGUUAUCAUGGGUGUACUCGCUCCUUUGCGGUUGAUGGAAAGUGCAGACGCAAGCAUGAGCUGACUCAUGACCCCCCACCAAAUGCUGAUGAAAUUAAUACAUUCAAGCCCUCUGAUGAAAUUCCAGAAUCAGCACCUGCUGAGGAUCAGUGUGAUGAUGUUUAUGCAUACAACUGCAGUCUCUUAUCAGAUGGCUUACUAUUCAUGAACUUCCUUGAUGCUAUAGCUGAGGGUGAUGGUCUUAGAAUCGUACGCCAGUUCAAGUAUUUCUUGCUUCACUUCAAAGUUGAUGGAAUACACAGCCAUAAAUAUGCAUUAGAAAGUUUAUACCAGUCAUUCCUUUUUACUGCUCUGCUGAGCCCGAGAGAUGCAGAGCGCUUCAUUUGGAACAGAACAGUAAACAACUGCGGUUUGGUUGGACGAAAUAUCCCACUUGAUCUUGAUGUUGAACAUAGUAACAAGUUUUUAAAACAGGCUUUCAAGAACCUUGGUCCGAAUCUGACUGAAGCUGCUGUUACUAGAAUUUGUAGAGCAGAAAACAGUUCACGUGCUAUACUUGCUAGCCUUGACUCUUCCAUCCAAAGAUCAUCAGGGUCAAGUGAGCAUACCUGCCGGUCAACAGAAAGAGAUUUGGAAACUCUUGUUAAUUCAUGCAUCACUAACAAAGUAUUCACACCGCAAGAUAAUCGCCAUUAUGUUUACUUCAGAGACUUUCAAAGAGAUCCAUUUGCUUCUCUGGAUAUGUCAGAGUUGUACAAAUGGAUCAACAAGCACAAAAAGAACAUAGAGUGUGGCUUGAAAGCAAGGUAAAUUAUUCGAACAGUUGUGUUGGUCAUUUGCCAAUGGGAGAUUAAUAGUAUACAUCACUGUAUGAUACAGAUGGUUGACUAGAAUAUCAUGUAGGCACACAGCAGUCAAGCACAAGGACACUGGAUGACCAAAAUAAUGGGAUUCCUUUGAUACACUGGUUGAGGGUUCUAAUUGAGGCACUUGAACUGGAUGUAAUAUGGAUCACAGGCAAGCAUGCAGACAUCCUUGGAGCUUGUCCUGUUUUCCAAGAAUCAGAACCUAUUAACCUAGAGACAUGGAAAUUUUACAUAUUUUUAGUACAGCUUUUGGCUCUUUGAGAGCAAUGAACAAUAUAAAUAUAAUAAAAAUAUAUCAAAGAUGCCAACUCUCCCACAUGCUGAAGGAGUUAUGUGCAUUUUAGCCUUCUCCCACUCUCCAGCAUUUUAUGUAUAGUUGAAUCUCCCACAUUUAAUAGAAAGAUAAUUGUUCUGAGAUAUUUAACAAACAAGGACGUUUAGUGGCAAAGAAUAUAAAAAGACACCCUAUCUCCCACAUUUAAAGGCCAAAGGUUGUUAUCUCUGAAAUGUUGUGUUAUGGUGAAUCCAGAGUUUUCUUUUGCAUAGAAUUCCAAGAUAUCAAUAAGUUGAGCACAAAAGCAUCCUCAUUGCAGCAAGUUCACUAAGUUGCUGAAAUUUUGAAAAGCCAACAAAAUGGUGUUUGUAAAAUUUGGCUUUUGGUUGUCAGACACUUUUCAACUUGAGCUAAAUCACAGAGGUCCUAUGUACAUGUAUGAGGCAGAUCUUGGUUGACAUGUUUUACUCUCAUUAGUAGACAUUAGUAUAUCAUCACAUCUAGUGGGACUACGAAUAAUAGACUACUGAAUACUUAUACAAACAUAAGAUAUUGUCUGAAUGUGUAUACAGUACAACUUUAACAACUCCAAAUUUAAAGAAUUUAUAAUAAAAGCUCAUUAAGUGUGCCACACAG